AUGCGACGUGAGUCGAUACCAGCAGCAGUAGUCGAUACUAGCAGAGUCGAUACCAACAGAGUCGAUACCAGCAGAAGUCGAUCAGCUUACAGAAUGUCGGAAUCGGAACCUAUUGCGAGUUCAAAUUCAAACUCUUCAUCAGGUGACCCUGGUAGAACAUAUGGAACUCAAGAUCCUAAAUGUAGGAACAAUUUCACUUGCCACUUUUGUGGUAAAGUAGUCAAGGGUGGUGUAUAUCGUUUAAAAUGGCAUUUUAUUGGAGGUCUAUCAGCUGUUACUAGUUGUCCAAAUUGUUCAGAACAUGUAAAAGAAGAAAUAAAGUCUUAUAUGCAGAAAAAAGAAGUAGCGAAGGUGGAGAAUUUAAUGAACUCAAGUUACUUGCAUUCGGAUGAUCAUGAUCUUGGUGAAGAGGACGAUGACUGUGUUGAAAUAGAAGGUGGUAGUGGUAAGGUGCCCACACGAAAAAGACCGAGACAAAAAGGUCCCCUAGAUAGGUUCUUCACUCCUAAUUUUGAAGACGUGAUCAAAGGUAAAAAAGAUGGAAAAGGAGGGAUACAACAAACCAUAAAUGCGGUGGUUCGGAAGGAGUUAAGGGAUAAAGCUUGUACGCAAAUAGCAAGGUGGUUUUAUGAUGCCGACAUUCCUUUUAAUGCCGCUACUUAUGAUAGCUUUAGUGUAAUGAUUGAAGCUAUUGGCCAAUUUGGCCCUGGAAUGAAACCACCAAGCAUGUAUGAGCUAAGAGUUCUUUUACUCAACCAAGAAGUAAAAACCGUUGAAGAAGAAGUAAAGGAACAUAAAAAGGAAUGGGCCCAAAAAGGUGGCUCUAUUUUAUCGGAUGGAUGGCGUGAUUCGGUUGUCCAAAAAGACAUAAUUAACUUUAUGGUGAACUCUCCAAGGGGGAAGAUGCUAGAAGCUACGAGAAAGCAUCUUUAUUGGACUCCAUGUGCUGCCCAUUGCAUAGAUCUUAUGUUAGAGGAUAUCGGGAAACAAAUUCCUCAGAUGAAAAGUUGUUUGAAGAAGGCAAUGUUCGCCAAUGGAUACAUAUACAACUUUGUUGGUCUAGUGAACUUGAUGCGGAAGUUCACGAAUCAAAGGAACUUGCAUAGGCCCGCAAUCACAAGAUUUGCUACAUCUUUUAUCACUCUUCUUCAAUUUCACAAACAAAAGAAUAACUUGAGAAAGAUGGUUGCUUCUCAAGAAUGGAUGGAUAGCAAAUGGUCAAGUGAACCAAAGGGAAAGAUGUUGCACUCCUACAUCUUACAAGAGAUGUUUUGGAGGAAUAUUGUGUAUGCUCUCAAGUUGACGGGCCCUCUUGUUAGUGUUCUUAGGUUAGUUGACGGGGAAAGAAAGCCGACCAUGGGUUAUAUUUAUGAAGCCAUGGAUAAGGCUAAGGAGGCUAUUGCUAAAAGCUUUCCCAAUCAAGAGGACCUUUAUAAGAAAACAUUUGAAAUAAUUGAUAAUUGGUGGGAAUGUCAACUCCAUCGACCAUUGCAUGCCGUGGGCCAUUACCUAAACCCGUCUACCUUUUAUGAUAAUGCACAAAGGGUUGUAAGUUGUGAAGAAGUCAUGGAAGGUAGAGCUUUCGGGGCGUAUAAGACUCCUCAUUUCACUAGAGCAUCAAGAGGGAGCCGGAGAGUAAACGAUGAUGGGUCGGGUCCAUCAAGAGCUAGAAGUGCUAGAGGAAAAGAACAUGCUCUUUAG